AUGAAGUUUACUGUCGCUGCCUCCGUUCUUGCUUGCAAGCUCUGCCCUUGGACGUACCUUUACACCGUCUUCACCGAUCUGAACGUCGGCUCCGCCGUACCCGGUAUUGAGACUGGCUGGGAGGCUCCUGCUUGGAGCAAGCGCACCUUUAACGUACCCGACAAUUGGAAGGCGGGUCGUAUCUGGGGUCGUCGCAAUUGCAACUUCUCUUCAAAUCCCGGCCCCAACUCCUGUCUUAGUGGCGGCUGCAAUGGUGGUUUGAAGUGCGACUCUCGCACCGGUACCGGCGUUCCUCCAGCAAGCGUUGCAGAAUGGACUCUUAGCGCUGGUGACGGCCAGGAUUGGUAUGACGUCUCCCUUGUCGACGGAUACAAUCUGCCUAUGCGUAUCUCCAACAGCGCUGGAUGCCCGGUCGCCGAGUGUGCUGUCGAUCUUGGCCCUAACUGCCCUACUCCUCUUAAAGGGCCUUUCGAUUCCAGCGGCUUCCCUGUUGGUUGCAAGUCCGCUUGCGCUGCAAACCUGGAUGGGAACCAAGCAAACUCGAAGAACUGCUGCUCCGGCCAGUACAGCACCCCUCAGACCUGCCCUCCUAGCGGAGUCUCGUACUACUCAUACUUUAAGAACGCCUGUCCCCGCUCCUACGUCUACGCAUACGAUGAAUCUAGCAAGACCGCUCUCUGGACUUGUCCCACCUCGAAGAAGGCUGACUACACCCUCACUUUCUGCCCUUGA